CUUCAGUCGUUCCUCGUGACCCUACUUCUGUUCAUCUGCACGUGCACCUACGUCAAGAUGAAGGCGCCUCGACUCGUCGAUCCGUACCGCACCGGCCUGCGAGGCAUGUUUUGGAAAGCCGCGCGAAUCGGCGAGCGUCUCAGCCCCUGGGUGGCGGCAUCGUGCCUCAUCAUGGCGUUUUACACGCUCUUCGGCGCGUGA